CAUGCGUACUUUGUACUUCCUCUUACACCACCACGUGAAAAAUGGCAGCAUCAACAGAAAGUGUCUCUUCACUUCAAACAUCAAAAUCCAGUGAAGAUGACGAAUUUAAACAGAUCAAACGUAGGACAAGGAAACGAAAAGUUCAGGAAGAAUCUUCUGAAUCACAACCACAAACGAUGGAGACGUCAGAAUCUCCACCAAAGCGGCCAAAUUUUCCACCCAUAAGUGGUGACAAAUUGACAGGAGGAAAAACAGACACGAGGAAAAUACCUGUUCCUAACAAUCGUUACACACCUCUGAAAGAAAACUGGAUGAAAAUAUUCACACCAAUAGUGGAGCACUUACAUCUGCAGAUCAGGUUUAAUCUCAAAACCAGAAAUGUAGAAAUCAAGUCAUGUAAAGACACCAAGGAAAUAAGUGCUCUACAGAAAGCUGCCGACUUUGUCCGGGCAUUUUGUUUAGGUUAUGAAGUAGAUGAUGCUCUUGCUCUAGUAAGAUUAGAUGAUCUUUACUUAGAGUCGUUCCAAAUACAGGAUGUGAAGCCACUCAAGGGAGACCACCUGGCUCGAGCCAUUGGCAGAUUAGCCGGCAAGAAUGGAAAGACGAAGUUUACCAUAGAAAAUGUCACCAAGACAAGAAUUGUCUUGGCAAAUAACCAUAUACACAUAUUAGGAUCCUUCCAGAAUAUCAAAAUUGCAAGAACAGCAAUAUGCAGCUUGAUAUUAGGGAGUCCCCCAUCAAAAGUGUAUGGUACGAUGCGCACUGUAGCAUCAAGAUCUGCCGAGAGAUUUUAGUUAUUAAAUAUUGUUAUAAAGUAA